CUUGGCCUGCUCUCCCGCUUCUCCGCAGAUGGCCUCGCCUCCUCCCGAGUCCGUCUGUACUUCUUCAUCUCCAAUGAAGGCAACCAGAACCUGUUUGUGGUACAGGCCAGCCUGUGGCUUUACCUGAAGCUGCUGCCCUACGUCUUAGAGAAGGGCAGUCGGCGGAAGGUGCGGGUCAAAGUGUACUACCAGGAGCAGGGCCAUGGAGACCGGUGGAAUGUGGUAGAGAAGAAGGUGGACCUGAAGCGCAGCGGCUGGCACACCUUCCCACUCACUGAGGCCAUCCAGGCCUUGUUUGAGCGGGGCGAGCGGCGUCUCAACCUGGACGUGCAGUGCGACGGCUGCCAGGAGCUGGCAGUGGUGCCUGUGUUCGUAGACCCUGGCGAGGAGUCACACCGGCCCUUUGUGGUUGUGCAGGCGCGGCUGGGUGACAGCAGGCACCGCAUUCGCAAGCGGGGCCUGGAGUGCGAUGGCCGGACCAACCUCUGUUGCAGGCAACAGUUCUUUAUCGACUUCCGCCUCAUUGGCUGGAACGACUGGAUCAUUGCCCCCACCGGCUACUAUGGAAACUACUGUGAGGGCAGCUGCCCGGCCUACCUGGCGGGGGUCCCUGGCUCUGCCUCCUCCUUUCACACAGCUGUGGUCAACCAGUACCGCAUGCGGGGCCUGAAUCCCGGCACAGUGAACUCCUGCUGCAUCCCCACCAAGCUGAGCACCAUGUCCAUGCUCUACUUCGAUGACGAAUACAACAUCGUCAAGCGGGAUGUGCCCAACAUGAUUGUGGAGGAGUGUGGCUGCGCCUGACGCAGCAGGGCUGUGGCGGUAGGGUGCCAGGACAGUCCCGACGGGCUUCUUGCAGCCCCUCUUGGAAGGGGGUACAUGGCAGGCUGACCAUGGUGGUUCAGUUGGGCUGCCCAGAAGGUGCCAGGGUGAGGCCUGAAAUAUCUUUCUACUACUUUAUCCAGCAAUCAGUCAAAAGCAGAGCAAGAACCCUCAACUGACAUGAAAUACUUUAAAAUGUACACGUAGACACGCACAGCCAGACGCAUCCUGCCAUCCACACAGCAGCCUCCAGGAUACCAGCAAAUGGAUGCGGUGACAAAUGGCAGCUUAGCUACAAAUGCCUGUCAGUCGGAGAGAAUGGGGCUUCCUCCCCGGCCUGGAUCCUUCAUGCUGCAGGACCAGGGGAGCCCAUAGAGGGAAGGAGGCCGGAAAGGACACAACCUGCCUGGAGCCCGUGGAGCAGUGGCAGUGACCGGUGACUGUUGCUUGGGUCUCUGGCGUGACUUAUAUGUGUGUGUUUUGGGGGCGGGGAGGGAGGGAGAGGAGAAGGGUCUUAAUUUGAUGCUUUAACUGAUCACUAGCAGUUGACAGGUCAUUCAUCCCAGUUGUAUAAUUGAAAAAGGACUUUUCUACCAGGUAUGCUCUUUUAAGUUAAAAUCUGAAUUGUUCUAAGUGGGAAGAAAAACGUUGAAACGUAUGCUCUUCACUGGGGAUAUUCUUCUAGGACUAGUUGGGGAGAGGUGAAAAUGACCUACACAAGGGGAUGAGCCCAGAGGAGAAAAUGAGGUGGAGGCAUUCUGGAAAUGCUGCUGAGUAGGGGGUGGCCUCCUCAGCAGGGGAUGAGGGAAGGGAGCAGCUUAGCUGGUCUUGGCUUUCAGCUGCAUCGCAGAAGUUGCCAGUGUGGUCCCAGCCACCAGGGCUGGCCAUGGACAUGGCCCCUGCCGGCUCGCCUGCCCGCCAGCCCCUCCUAGCACUUGCAGACCUGCCUGAACGCACAUGAUAUUAGCACUUACCCACCUGCGUGUGUCCAGAAGUGGCCCUUGGCAGAGCACUGAACUCGCUCACCCCUAGAAGUCCAAGUGCCACGUGAACUAUGCAAUUUAAAGGGUUGACCCACACUAGACAAAACUGGACUCGUACGACUCUUUUUAUAUUUUUUAUACUUGAAAUGAAAUCCUUUGCUUCUUUUUUAAGCGAAUGAUUGCUUUUAAUGUUUGCACUGAUUUAGUUGCAUGAUUAGUCAGAAACUGCCAUUUGAAAAAAGAAGUUAUUUUUAUAGCAGCAAAAAAAACCAUACAGUUAAAUGUAUUAUACAUAAUUUUGGAACCAAAGAGGCCAACAGAUCAGUUUUAAUUUUUAUUAGAUGGUGAGGCCAUCUUAUAUGAGGUAGACGUUCUGAACAAUCCCUUGAGUGGCCUGCCAAUGUUUCAGGGUAUAAAUGGAUUUUGUUUAUUUAGUUUGAUGUGUCUUUUCUAUCCUCACACACCCAGAAGGUAGAGUAAAAAUGAAUAUGGUAGAAUGCAGGUGUGUAUCCUUAAAUCUCCAUCUUUAUGUUUAUUUAAUAAAGCUCCCCUUAGGUUCUGUUUCAUAAUAAUUUAAAACCAAACAAUUUUCCCAUAGACUUGCUGUUAAAGUAUUUUACAUUUGUGUACAGUUUAAGAAAAUAAAGGACUGAGUGC